AUGCCGAAGCAUUCGAUAUCCCUGAUAAGCCCCAGUGACUUCAUCAACCCUAGUAAGACGGACCCCGUGGCGCUUGUGAAGGCAAGGAAUCUUGACACAAAAGAUGAACCUCUGAAGCUGAAGAAGGAUGGGGAGGAGGCCGAUAACGUCGAUGCUGCCGUUGACGUACCGUCGUUCCUGCAAAAGCUAACGUCGUGGCGUUGGUUCACAGCCAUAGUGACCAGCAUGGGCGUGGUCUUCAUCAUUCUGCUUAGGAACUGUAUGUCAAUGGCCCUGGUGUGCAUGACCGGGGGGAGGCGCGGGGGGUCUGGCAACUGGAGCCUGGACGGAAACCUCUCCCUCGCUCUCACCUUUAAUGAAACGUUAUUCAUGCCCCGCGGGGAGUUCGACUGGGAUAGCGAGACCCAAGGCAUCAUCCUCUCUGCAGCCUUCUACAGCAGCUUCGUCGCCCCGGCCAUCAGCGGUUUCGUCGCCCGGCGGUUUGGAGCAAAGAUAGUCGUCGGCGUCAGCGUGGCUGCGUCUGCAGUUGCCACGUUACUGACACCGCUUGGCGCCCGCUCACACGUUAACUUUCUCAUCGGUCUGAGAGUUUUCCUGGGGUUCUUCUCAGGCACCAUCUUCCCCGCAUCCCUGGAGCUGUGGUCACACUGGGCCCCCGGGCCGGAGCGGGUCCAGCUCGUCUCCAGCACGUACACGGGUAUCAACGUGGGCAGCCUCGCCGCGUCUCUCCUCUCCGGCUUCAUCUGCACCAUCCCCCACGACAACGGCUGGCCCUACGUCUUUUAUGUAUUUGGUGGGCUGAGCGCCAUCUGGUGUGUGGUGUGGUUCCUGUGUAUCCACGACACCCCCGAGACGCACCCGUGGAUCAGCCAGGAGGAGGCCCAGUACAUCGCCAAGCACACUAUGAAGAAAGAUGACCAACAGGAGUCGUCCCGGCCGCCGUUCCUGCACAUGUUCCUGUCUGGGCCGGUGUGGGCGUUCAUCAUCGUCCAAACCUGUCACAUGUGGUGCUCGAGCAUCUUCUUCGCCUACCUCCCUAAGUACAUGAGUGACGUCCUCCACUACUCCAUCGAACAGAACGCCAUCAUCUCCUCAGCUCCGUUCGCCACCAGAUUCGUCGGAGUGAUGGCGUGGGGAUACCUGUCAGAUCUACUACUGAGGAAAUCGUCCCUCAGCGUCACAUGGAUCCGAAAAAUAGUCCAGUCUUCAGGUUUCCUUGUCUGUGGUGUCUUCACAGUGGGUAUCGGCAUGGUCGACGAACAACAGAGAGAAAUAGCCGUCGCCCUCUUCCUCCUCGCAAUGUUCUGUCAGUCUUCCUCCAUGUCCUCCUCGUCGGUCACUCCCCUGGAUAUCGCUCCAAGGUCAGGGACAUUUGCUACCUCCAUUCCCUGUAGUUUCCUUGUCUGUGGUGUCUUCACAGUGGGUAUCGGCAUGGUCGACGAACAACAGAGAGAAAUAGCCGUCGCCCUCUUCCUCCUCGCAAUGUUCUGUCAGUCUUCCUCCAUGUCCUCCUCGUCGGUCACUCCCCUGGAUAUCGCUCCAAGGUCAGGGACAUUUGCUACCUCCAUUCCCUGUAGUUAG